AUGACAGAAUCAAAUAGUGAGAUGGGCUUUGUCGAACCUGAAACGGAUUUUGCUGAAGACGAUAUUUUCUACGGCGAUAUUGGGCCAACAAAUGGCGAAGAGUUGACUCGUUCAUACUUAGAGCGGGAUAAUUUUGAGCGGGAAUGGGGCUGUACCGCUGAUGAUCCUUUUGCUGAAGAUUUCACAGAAAUUAGCCAGCAUGAUAUUGUAGAAGUCAUAGCUCACGGUGACCGAGUUGGCAGACCCAUCAUAGUUGUUUACGCAUAUCGCUUACCUUCCAACAAAACUUUCGAUCAUCAGAAGUUCUUGAGGUAUUUGCAAUUCACACUUGAUAAAGUAGUAGAACUUGACUAUACUAUUAUCUACUGUCAUUACGGCCUCAGGAGUAAUAACAAACCUCCGUUAAGAUGGCUUUUCCAGGCUUAUUCCAUACUUGACAGGAAGUACAAAAAGAAUUUGAAGGCUUUAUUCCUUGUUCAUCCGACCCGUUUUAUUCGAGUACUUUGGGGCCUUUUUAAACCCUUUAUAUCAAUCAAAUUUGAAAAGAAAAUUCACUACGUGAAUUAUCUUAAUGAGCUCAAUGCGUAUCUGCGGGUAGAACAGCUUAAUUUGCCACAACCUGUUAAAGACCACGAUAAAAUGUUACAAGUAGCAUCUAAGUCAAUUACGCGAGAAACAUCCUUCAGUAAAAUAUCACCUUCACCACCGAGACCUACACAACAAUUCAACGUUCCUCUCAGCUUUAUAUUGUCGCACAACCCUGACUAUGAUGUCCCUCCACUUGUAACUGAUUUGAUUUCAUUCAUGUCUGAGCAUUCUUUAAAUGUUGAAGGUCUAUUCAGACGUUCUGCUGAGGUCUCAAGGAUUAAACGUUUGCAGGAGCGGAUUGACAAAGGUGAAAAGAUUAACUUUUUACAAGAAGAGGAAUAUGACGGGAACAUUGUAGCUGCAUCGAUAGAUGCUUCUGUUCUUUUAAAAACGUUUUUGCGAGCUUUGGGAGAGCCUGUGGUCACAAACGCGCUGUACCCGGACCUUGUUGCUCUUGCAUCGGUAUCGAAGGAGGACAAAUUACCUGCUAUAUGUGCUUUCGUACGUCUUCUCCCACCAGAAAAUUACUUACUUUUGAAAACAGUUUGUCAGUUUUUAACGAAGGUGGCUGCGUGUAGUGACGUAAAUAAGAUGACUGCAAGUAAUCUCAGCGUUGUCUUUGGCCCAAAUUUAACUUGGCCGACUGAUCAGCAGGUCCCGAUGACUCAGCUGAACAAUUUGAACAAUUUUUGUUAUCGCUUGAUAGUGGAUUUUGAAACUGUUUUUGAGGAGAAUUGA